AGAACCUUCCUUGUGAACUUCAGAGGAACUUCCAACUGAUGCGAGAGCUGGACCAGAGGACAGAAGAUAAGAAGGCAGAGAUCGAUCUCCUGGCGGCAGAGUACAUCUCCACGGUGAAGACGCUUUCUCCAGAGCAGCGUGUGGAGCGCCUGCAGAGGAUCCAGAGCGCCUACAGCAAGUGCAAGGAGUACAGCGAUGACAAGGUUCAGCUGGCUAUGCAGACCUAUGAGAUGGUGGACAAACACAUUCGAAGGCUCGACGCAGACCUGGCACGCUUCGAAGCGGAUCUGAAGGACAAGAUGGAAGGCAGUGACUUUGAAAGCUCUGGAGGACGAGGCUUAAAAAAAGGUCGAAGUCAGAAAGAAAAGAGAGGCUCUCGGGGUCGAGGCAGGAGGACGUCAGAAGAAGACACUCCAAAGAAAAAGAAGCAUAAAGCAGGGUCCGAGUUCGCUGAUGCCAUCCUGUCUGUGCAUCCCUCCGACGUGCUGGACAUGCCCGUGGAUCCAAACGAGCCCACGUACUGCCUGUGCCACCAGGUGUCCUAUGGGGAGAUGAUCGGCUGUGACAAUCCAGAUUGUCCAAUCGAGUGGUUUCACUUUGCCUGCGUGGACCUUACGACGAAACCCAAAGGAAAAUGGUCAGUAUGGGGGUGCUGGCUGCAUCUCCUCCCGGCCAUUGGGCGUCACGCUGCUGGCCUCUCCUGAGA